CUUGUUUAAAAUCAAUAUGUCGAAAUCUCUGAUGAAAUAAAAUGAUGAAAUUUUGAAUUAUGACACAUAUAUCCGUCAAAAAGAUUACGUAACGAUAUCUUAGUUGACGAAACAUAUAUCGUAUAGACCGUAUAUUAAGGCUGUCCUACAAGGGCCCUACAAGUAGUGUUAUGUAACUUCAUGUGUUAAUAAUGAGUGGUAUUAUAAAAGGUUAAGAACUUAAGCACCGUUAAUAUACAAUUAUGUCUUGUGGUAUUAUCCAAUAUCUUUCUGAAAAGUUGCUGUCUGCUGUCCAGCCGAAGGGAAGCACCCCACUGCCUGGUGGUAUCAUUGGAGCUCUUUUUGUUAGCAUGUUUGGAAAUGCAGUUGCAAUGCAACUUCUUUUUGCUUUUCUUCCUGAUAUGGUCAAGAGUUUCGGGAUUGCUGAUGAAGACGCAGGUUACUAUGUAGGAUUAUUGGCAUCAGCAGUUUUUCUUGGUAGAUUUAUUUCCAGCUACUUCUGGGGAUGGCUUGCAGAUAAAGUUGGCAGAAGAACAGUACUAUUGUGGUGCAAUGGCUUGUUAGCAGUAACAACUUUAGCAUUUGGUUUUUCAAAAUCAUUUGAAGUUGCUCUUGUUAUUCGAUUCACUACUGGCGUGAUAGCAGGAAUAGCUGGAACUGUAAAGGCAUCUUUGGCUGAUGUUUGUGACGAUACAAACCAGGCAAUAGGAAUGUCAGUGAUUGUAACAGCUUGGAACACUGGCCUUAUCAUUGGACCAGCUAUUGGAGGUUAUCUUGCGAGACCUGCUGACAAGUAUUCUGUAUUUAAAAAGAGUUCUUUCUUUAAGACCUUUGCCUACUUACUUCCAUGCAUCCUGAAUGCUGUACUCCCUGUUUUCAGCUUCUUCUUGGUAUUUUUCAGUUUGCCCGAAACAUUAGUUUCAAAAAGAAUCAUAAAGCCUAAAGAAACACAGUUGGUGUCUAAAGUCCUAGACGACCAAAAACCUGUCAGUUUGAGCCCUUCCAGCAGAAAACGGACAAUCAUGAAACACAGCCAGACAGAUCUUGUACCUCACAACACUCAAUCAAACCUCAAUCAAGAUGUUUCACAUCAGCAAUCCACUUCAAAAAGCAUUGAGACACAGUUAUUAACAGGAUCUGUAUCAUUUUUACCAGACCUUCAUCUACAGAGUUAUCCUUGGCCACUGGAUAACACAAAGAAGGUGGAAGAACCCUAUGACCCUCCAUCAGAAAAAUCCAAGCCUGGCAUAAUAAAAAGGUCAUAUGAAGCAGUGAAACGGAGCACAUUAUCAAAACUCAUCAAAAACAAGAAUGUUAGAUAUAGUGUUGGAUUGUACACCACAUUUUCAUUUGCUGUUGUAGCUGAACACGAAAUGUACAGCUUAUGGGCUGCAACGGGCAAAGAAUUUGGUGGACUUGAUUUUGAUACAAAUGAUCUUGGCUUCACUCUGAUGGUUGUUGGAAUUGGUUGUGCUAUUUCAAACUGUAUUGUUUUCCCACAGAUGGUUAAAAUGUUUGGGCUCAUGAAGACGCAGUUCAUUUCGUUGAUCUUGUCUAUGUUUUUUACAAUCAUUUUACCUAUUCCAAAUAUAUUCUAUGGAAGACCUGUUGUGGUGAAGACUAUGGUCAUCAUUUUGUUGCUAUUGGUUAGAGUUAACGAGGGAUGUUGCUUCACAGGGCAAUUUAUCAUGAUUGGCAACUCAGUCAGCUCUAGUUUUAGAGCAACUGUUCACGGUUUUGCUAUGACUGUAGUAUGUUCUGCAAGGGCUAUUUCUCCCAGUGUGGCAGGCAGCAUGUUUUCAUGGUCUAUAUCAUCUGGACUUGGUUUUCCUUUUAAUGAAAAAUUUGUAUUUAUUUUUCUUGGAUUUGUGCUAUGGCUAGCACUGAUUGUGGCCUGUUGUAUGGAUGAAGAGGCUGUGACAAAACCAUCUACUGAAUGAGCUUAGCUUUAUGUGGAAA